CUUCACCAACAUAUCCCAUCCAUAAAUAUUCCCAGAGUUGUCUCAGCUCCUAGGUCCUAUUUUACUCUCAUCCCCAGAGAGUAUAGGUUCUAGUUAUUUUUCAGUCUACAGUCUUUAUCCGCAGGGCAGGUUCCAGCAAGGAUCGCUAGACCCUCUUUUUCCCACCCAACGGUUUUUUUUUCUUACACCCCUCAUCACCACGAUCACAGCUUCGGCCUGUGAUCUCAAAGCCCCAAACUCGCAAUCAUGGCUUCCAACGAUAAGGGUCUCGAAGAGAUCCCCGAAGGACAAAUCGAAUCCAACUAUGAUGAAAUCACCGACUCAUUCGAUGCUAUGAACCUCCGCGCUGAGUUGCUCCGCGGUGUCUAUGCCUACGGUUUCGAGCGCCCUUCUGCUAUCCAGCAGCGUGCUAUCAUGCCCGUCAUCAAGGGUUCCGAUGUUAUUGCCCAGGCUCAGUCCGGAACGGGCAAAACUGCUACAUUCUCCAUCUCUGCUCUGCAGAAGGUUGACACCAACCUCAAGGCUUGUCAGGCUCUGAUCCUUGCUCCUACCCGUGAGCUUGCCCAGCAGAUCCAGAAGGUCGUUGUUGCCAUUGGUGACUUCAUGAGCAUUGAGUGCCACGCUUGUAUCGGUGGUAUUAGCGUGCGCGAGGAUAUGAAGGCUCUCCAGGAUGGUCCUCAGGUUGUUGUUGGCACUCCUGGUCGUGUCCACGACAUGAUCCAGCGCCGUGUCCUCAAGACCGAUCACAUGAAGAUGUUCGUCCUCGAUGAGGCUGAUGAGAUGCUUUCGCACGGUUUCACCGAACAAAUUUAUGAUAUCUUCCAAUUCCUCCCUCAGUCUACCCAGGUUGUCCUGCUCUCCGCUACAAUGCCCCAGGACGUGCUCGAAGUCACCACCAAAUUUAUGCGCGACCCCGUCCGUAUUUUGGUGAAAAAGGCAGAACUUACUCUUGAGGGUAUUAAACAAUUUUACAUCGCUGUCGAAAAGGAAGAAUGGAAGCUGGAUACCCUCUCCGAUCUCUACGAAACCGUCACCAUUACCCAAGCCGUCAUCUUCUGCAACACCAGGAGAAAGGUCGACUGGCUGACCGACAAACUGACCGCUCGUGACUUCACCGUCUCCGCCAUGCACGGUGACAUGGAGCAACAACAGCGUGAUGUAAUCAUGAAAGAGUUCCGUUCGGGCUCUUCGCGUGUCCUCAUAGCCACUGACUUGCUGGCGCGUGGUAUCGAUGUCCAGCAAGUAUCGUUGGUCAUCAAUUACGAUCUCCCCGCCAAUCGCGAAAAUUACAUCCACCGCAUCGGUCGUGGUGGACGUUUCGGCCGGAAGGUGUCGCUAUCAAUUUCGUCACUGCUGACGAUCACCCAAAUCGAGGAAAUGCCAAUGAACGUUGCUGACCUCAUUUAAACAAAUUUAAAAAGAAAAAAGUUCUCAAUUGUCGAAUCAAGCUCGCUCCUCUGUUUCUGUCCGCUAUGAUCCCGGCAACGGCUGUUCCUCUUCCCAGGUUUUUGUUUAUAGUGGAUAAACAAUUUGGCAGAUUUCUUUUCCUUGUCCUUUUCCUUGUUUUCUUUCUGUCUAUCCCUCUCUUUGACCAAUCUUGUCCUUCACUCGUCCUGUCCCGUCCCGCCGCGUUCCUUUUCAAAUAAAAAACAAAAGUGAUAUCGGUAUCGUUGGGUUUUACGUUUUUAUUUUUUUCCUAACGUUUUAUGUUUACGUUUGUUGUCUCUGCUUUUUUUUUGUUCCUCCUCAAGCUUCUAAUUCCCCCCUUCCUAUGACUGGGUAUGGCUGCAUGGAUGAUGCAUAGUUUUUUCUCUCUUCUCCUUAAAGCGCUUUGGCAUAGGGCAGGCAAAAAAACGACAUAAAGAACGGGAGAACUCGCAAGGAAAAACGGAAAAUGGUAUAUAACCUUUUUUGUACUUUCGUUGCUCCUCGCCUGAUUUUUCUUUUUGUGUUGACUUUUUUGCCCAUUUUUACGCAUGGUUUCAUCCGUCUGUUUUUACGGCCUCUUUUUUUUUAACUUCUAGAAAGAAAAAGGAGGAGAUGGAUUUUUUUCUCAUGCGUGUGACUGGGAGGUUUUCCAAAGAUUUUGUUUUUUUUAAUGUUUAGUUAAUACUCUUGUUAUUUACUUUAUGCUUUGUUUUUAUUUGUAUGUGCGUUUUCCAAGUCGCUAUGUAACUAGCUAGCCGAGGGGUUACGUUUUCCUUAAAAAGAUCAUUAUUUCUGUCUUA